CUACAGCAAAAGACAGCGUCUUUUCCUCCUCCGACUAUGCUCAUAUUCAAGAUCUGAAGUCUCGUUUUGAGCGAUUCAAGCAGCAAUUUGAUAGAGGUUUAUCAGUCCAAUCGGUCCUAAAUUUGGAGACAAUACUGACAGAAAUCGAAACUGGAGGGCAAAGAAACUGGCCAAAGAUGCAAAAUUUGCUAUCAGGACACUCUGAUAGUGUCGUAUCCGUGGGGGUAUCCCCUGAUGGAAGAUAUAUUGUCUCUGGAUCAUCUGGUCAGACGAUACGUAUAUGGGAUGCGGAGACGGGCGAGGCCAUAGGAAGCCCAUUUUCGGGUCACACUGACUCAGUCACGUCUGUUGCUUUCCUUCCUAAUGGAAAAUCUAUCGUCACCGGCUCUCGAGAUCAUACAAUUCGUUUGUGGGAUACAGAGGCUGGACAGAUGGUCGGAGAACCUUUAAAGGGCCAUACUGAUUCUAUUUUAACAGUUAAAGUUUCUGGAAAUGGAAAGUACAUAGCUUCGGGGUCAGAUGAUGGGAAUAUCCGCGUUUGGGAUGCGCAAAGUGGAGAGGCAAUUGGGUAUCAAAUCGAACAAAAUGAUCGAGUUGAAUCGAUUGACAUUUCUCCUGACA